UCGUCGGCCACCAACGGUCGCUCCAGUCGAUCGGGGGCGUCCAAGGGCGUUUUGAUUCUCAAGUUGUCUCCCGACGCCCUCAGCCAGUUUGCCACGCCUCCCCCCGAAAUUAAGGACAAGAAGGCCAAGAAGAACAGCCCCCCCAAGAUCCAGGAGCCCGUCGCCGAGACCCCCGUCAAGGAGAAGGAAGCUUCUCCUGCCUCGUCUUUCGCCGAGCCUCCAAUCCCUCCCUCCUCUGUGGACAAUGCGUCCGAUGCUCCCUCUACCCCCGCGGCCGGUACGUCGGCUGCCGACACUCCUCGCCGUAAAGGCAUGCCGGGCCCCAAACCCGGAAGCAAGAGAGGUCUGAAUCAAUCGACCGAGACACAACCUAAGCCAAGAGGCAAGCCGGGCCCCAAGAAGAAGCCCAGACUUGACGACGGAACCGUCGACCAUGUCAAAUUGGCGGCAAGCCACCGACUCGGACCCAAGGCCAACACCGGUGCCAUCAAUGCCGGUCUUCGGGCCCUGGAUCGAACGGGAGCCCCUUGUCGCAAGUGGGAGCGAAAGCCUCUUCAAUUGAAGAGCUUCACUGGCGUGAAUUGGAACCUGUCCAGCUGGCGAGCUCCUCGGCCUCAAAUCUCGGAAACGAAUGGCGAGGUCAAGAAUGGCGUCCUCGAGACAGGGGAUAGCGACAGCAAGGCCAACCAUAGUGCCGGCGGAGUGCCCAGCGAGAAGAGUAACUCGGGCGACGGAGACCUCACGCCGAUUCCUCCCAAUCUCACCGAAGCCUCGUCGCCUGCGCCUGCGGUGGCC